AUGAACCCGGCAAAACCCAACGUGAAGAACGUCCUCGGCGGCGCCGCCUCGUUUGCGGUCGUCGGCGCACGUCUCGUUGCUGGGAGGGAGCACAGCCAAUCGGUCAGUUGGAUUGUAGAUGUUGGGUCUGAUUUUCCUUCAGAUGUUCUGGAGGUCAUCAACUCGUGGGACACUGCCUGUGUGAUUCGAAAAGAUCCUGGACGAUUGACCACCAGGGCAUGGAACGGUUACGGUGUGAAUGAGAAGCGGGACUUCAAGUACCUGACACCCAAGCUCCGACUGGAACCGUCGAUGCUGUCUGAUGUGCAGGUGUUUUCGAAAACUUUCCAUAUGGUGUGCUCUGCUGGUCGUUGCAUAUCCAUCGUGGAGGACAUUAUACGCCGGCGUGAAGAACUGCAGCGGGAAGGUAAGGUUCCUCCUGGGGACCACACGAAAAGACCCAUAUUUGUCUGGGAGCCUGUCCCAGAUCUCUGUACCCCGGAGGAGCAGGAGAAGUUCCUCGCUGCCAACCAGGUUGUAGAUGUUGUGAGUCCGAACGAAUUAGAGCUUGGGAUGAUGUUCGGUCAACCAGGCUGGAGCGAAGAGAGCGAUUUCGGCAAAGACAUAGUGCGCAGAAUCUUGGAUUCUGGAAUAGGCCACAACGGAGAGGGCCAUUUGGUCAUUAGGGCGGGAAAAGACGGCAGCUAUGCGUAUUCCAGGGCGCAGCGGAUCUGGCUACCUGCUUAUCACCAACCCGACACCACUGGCGCCGCCGCUGUGAUUGACCCUACAGGUGCCGGAAAUUCGUUCUUGGGCGCAUUGGCCCAGGGCAUGGUGACUAUGGGAAGGACACCCGCGAACGUGAUUGAUUCAGUGCUGUCAAAAUCCACAGCUUGGCAGGAAGCAGUGAAAGCCUCGGGUCAGCUGAACCCCGUCCUACAUGCCUUGAUCUUCGCAACCGUGGCGGCGAGCUUCGUGGUCGAGCAGAUCGGUGUGCCUCGAAUGUCAACUUCUACCGAUGGGAAAGAACUUUGGAACGAAACUGAAUUUCCGGAACGAGUCCGUCUGUACACACAGCGAUUGUAUCGAACAAUCGAAGAGUCUCCCACAAAGCACUUCCGGAUCAAUUGA